AUGAGAAACUUGGUAAUACUUAAUAAAGGGAAUAUUGUUCCUGAAUCUCAAUAUUAUCCAGACCUAGAACCAGGUUCGUUUCAAUAUGAUACAAUUUUUGAUGUAGUAACUAAUUCGUUGAUUUUUAUUCUCCAUUUAUAUAAUGAAGGUAUUGUAGAAAUCCAACAACACAAAAGAACAGGAGAAAUUAAUUUAUUAGCUAAUUUCCCAUUAUCACAAACCGACAGUAAAGUCUUAUCAUUGAGUCAUUUUGUAGAUACUUGUCAAAUCAUCUUAACCUAUGAUAAUGGUGAUAUAGUUCAAAUUACUUAUGAUGCAUUAUCUAAUGAUCCUGAUCAAUCAAUUAUUGAAAUCGUUGGAUCUAUAGAUGUGGGAUUGAAAGCAGCUAGUUGGUCACCCGAUGAUGAAACGUUAGCUUUGAUCACCAAAGAAAACAAAAUGUUGUUAUUAUCUAGAUCCUUUGAUCCAAUAGCUGAAAAAAUAUUGAAUCCUGAUGAUAUCAAAGUUAGUAGAUCCAAACAUGUUUCUGUUGGUUGGGGUAAAGCCGAAACUCAAUUUAGAGGUAAAGGUGCCAGAGCUAUGGAAAGAGAAAAACUUUUAUUACAAAAUGCUGGACUUGAUUUAAAAGAUGAAUCAUCACCUUUAAGAGAUCCAACUGUUCUCGCCCCUCAAGAUGGUAAAGUAUCAGAUUUCGAUAAUAAUGAAGUAAAGAUUAGUUGGAGAGCUGAUUGUGAAUGUUUCAGUGUUAAUACCAGAGAAUCAGUGAUAAUUGAAGAAACUAAUGGUGAAACCACUGUUGAUGAAAAUCAAAGAAGAGUUUUAAGAGUUUUCAGUAGACAUGGAGAAUUAGAAUCCGUUUCCGAAGCAUAUGAUGGGUUAGAAUUCAAUUUAGCAUGGAAACCAACAGGUGCUGUUAUUGCAUCUUCUUGGAGACAUUUAGAUGAAGAAGGGGAACCAGUUUUAGAUGUUAUUUUCUUCGAAAGAAAUGGUUUAAAACGUUAUGAAUUUAAUUCUAGAUUAAACCCAGAAACUGAAAUCAUCCAAGAUAUUCAAUGGUCAUGUGAUUCAGAGAUUUUAGCCAUUCAAUUAUUUGAUAGAAUUCAAUUAUGGACAACUAAGAAUUUCCAUUGGUAUUUAAAAUCAGAAAUUUUUGUUAAUAAGGUUGAUCCUUUGAAUCAAGUUGAAUUCAUUAAAUUCCAUCCUGAAAAACCUCAACAAUUUUUAAUCGGUACUUCCAGACAAGGUGUUGAAAUUGUCGAUUUAGCUCAUAAAAUUGUAAGUGGACCUACUCAAAUAGGAAAUGAUGUUGGUAUGACUUUAGUUACUGAUGGAAGUGAAGUUAAAAUUACACCUUUAGGGAUUGCUAAUGUUCCACCUCCAGUAAGUUUCAGAGAAUUGGAGAUUAAUGAGAAUAUCAAUGAUUUAGCAGUAAGUAAAUCCAAUGAAAUCUUCUCCCUUUUAACUUCCGAAGGUAAUAUUCACAUUGGUUAUAUGAAACUUAAUAAAGUAAAGACUAAACAACCGAAAAUCAAAUCUGUCAUCAAACAAUCAGAAUUCAUUUUAUCUGAUGAGUUUGUUAAACAAACUGCCAUUUUAGGUGACUCCAUUUUAGCUAUAUUAGUUGAUGCUGAAGACUGUUCAUCCAUAAUGGCUUUCGAUAUCACAAAUUUAGAAGAUCCUCAAUUCAUUUCUGCCAUUCAAUUACCAAAUAAAGCUGUUUUGUUAAAAUCCUCCGCUGAUUUCAAUUCAUUAAUUGUGGAACACAUUGAUAAGACUGUAACUCAAUUGGAUGCUGAAUUAAAUGAAACCGAGAUCACUCAAUUCCCCCAAUUAUGUAGAGAUUUCGAAGUGGUAAGAAAUGAAGAAAAUGAAGGUAAAUUAACUGCCUUCGGUAUUACUGAUACCGGGAAAUUGUUUGCCAAUGAUGUUCAAGUAGCUGUUGGUGUUACAUCUAUUAAAGUCACUGAAUCACACCUCCUUUUCACCACUGUUCAAUCCAAACUUUGUUUCAUUCACAUCAAUUCUGCUUCAGAUAAUUAUCAAUAUGACAUUUUCCAAAAUGAUCAAGGUGAUGCUCAAGUUGAUGAAAGAAUCAGAUACAUUGAAAGAGGAUCUAUAUUGAUCUCAGCAAUUCCAUCUACUUAUCAAGUUGUAUUACAAGCUCAAAGAGGUAAUUUGGAAACCAUUUGUCCUAGAAUCAUGGUUUUAGCAGGUGUACGUAAAUUCAUUCAACAGAAGAAAUUCUAUGAUGCUUUCAUUGCUUGUAGAGUCCACAGAAUUGAUUUAGAUCUUUUACAUGAUUUUGAUAAAGAACUUUUCUUUAACAAUUUAGAAAAUUUCGUUAAUCAAAUAUCCAGAAUUGAUUACUUGGAUUUAUUCUUAUCAGGAUUACACGAAGAAGAUGUCACAUCAACCAAAUACAAAGAUACUUUCAAAGAAGCUGAUGGUAAAAUUGAUACCUCCGUUCCUGAAGUCAAACCUUUGGUAGUUAAAACCGAUCCAUCCCUCGAUAAUAAGAAAAUUAUUAUCAAUAAAGAUAGAAAUAUCUAUAAUAAAGAUUCCAAAGUUAAUAAAAUCUGUAAUGGAAUUCUUUCCAUAUUAUUAAAACCUGAAUAUUUGAGUAAAUAUUUACAAACUGUUUUAACAGCUUAUGCUUGCCAAAAACCUCCAAAUUUACUUGAUGGUUUGAAAUUAAUUGGUACAUUUACUCAACCUGAACAAAUUGAACAAUCAGUUAUUCAUCUUUGUUUCUUAUCAGAUGUGAAUAAACUUUAUGAUGUUGCUUUAAGUCUUUAUGAUGUUAAAUUAACUUUACAAAUAGCUCAACAAUCACAAAAGGAUCCAAAAGAAUAUUUACCAUUCCUUCAAAACUUACAUAUUCAACCACCAAAAAGAAAAGAAUUCAUGAUUGAUGAUCAUUUAAAGAAUUAUUCAAAAGCUUUGAAUUGGUUAUAUGAAUUAGGACCUGAAGUUCAAGAUGAAUUUGAUGAUUAUUUGAUUAAACAUGAAUUAUAUAAAGAAGCUUUGAAGAUUUAUCAAUAUAAUCAAGAUAAUGCAAGAAUAAAUCAAAUUUUGAAUAUGUUUGCUCAAUAUUUACGUAAUGAAAAGAAUUUUGAAGAAGCAGGUAUAACUUUUGAAAGUUUAGGUGAUGAUAAGGAUGCUUUAGAUUGUUAUAUUUUAGGUAAACAUUGGAAAAAUGCUAUGGCUAUUGUUUCAAAAGUUGAAUUUAAUGAUGAAAUGAUUGAAUCAGCUGAAACUUUAGUCGAAUCUUUAACAGCUGAUCAUAAAUACAGUGAUGCUGGAUUCAUCGAAUAUAAUUUCUUAAACAAUUUAGAAAAUGCUAUGAAAUUAUAUUGUAAACAAUAUGAUUAUAAUAUGGCAAUUUUGUUAGCAACUAAAGAUAAGAAACUUGAAUUGAUUGAAACUGUGGUAGAUAAACAAUUAUCUGAAGGUUUUGGAACCAUAGCUGAGUUAUUAGCUGAUUUCAAAGGUCAAGUUAAUUCACAAUUAAAGAGAUUAAGAGAAUUAAGAACUAAAAAGAAAGAAGAUCCUUAUGCUUUCUAUGGUAUACCCAAUGAUGAUUUAGAUACUCCAGAUAAUGUGUCAGUGGCAGCAUCAGAAUAUUCUGCUAAUCCCUCAUUCUUUACUAGAUAUACUGGUAAGACUCAAGGUACUGCUAAAACUGGAGCUUCAAGAAAAACUGCUAAGAAUCGUAAAAGAGAAGAAAGGAAAAGAGCUAAAGGUAGAAAAGGUACUAUUUAUGAAGAAGAAUAUCUUAUUAAAUCUGUUGGUCGUUUAAUCGAAAGAAUGGAUCAAACCCAUCCUGAUGCUAUUAAUCUUAUCGAUAAUUUAAUUAAAAGAUCAAUGAAACCUCAAGCUUACCAAAUUCAAAAAAGUUGGGUAGAUUUAAUCGAUUUAUUAAGAGAAAACAUCGAAGAAAUUUAUAAAAUGGAAGAACGUGAUAGAGAAAGAAUCGAUGAUAACGGUGAACUUUAUUUGAUUCCAGAAAUCCCCAUCCCUAACAUCAAUGAUUUCCCCAUCAAACAUACAUUAGAUUAUUAG